GUGAAGAAAUAGCUAGUUUAAAAUUGAGUAAAAAAAAUAAUUCAACAUUUCUUAACUCUUCAAUGUCACUUUCGCAAACAAACGUAUCUUUCUUAUGUUCCUGAGCUGUACUAUUCCCAAUUAAAUCAAUUUAACUUCAGAGUUCCAUACAGGACACAAACAUACACACGCCUGACUACAGACAUCAGACCAGAUGAUGGAGGAUGCAAGCAAUGAAUUAAAAAAAAAAAAUCAUGAGCAGGGCUGACUGCAGGGGAGCUCCAUGCUGCUUUUUUGCUGACUCAAUGUUUUAGUUUGGCAGUUCACUCGCAGAGACAAAGAGCCAUAGCAGCACUGUAAUUUCUCUAAUUCUCACUGCCGGGAGCCUAUUUAGCCCUUUGAGACUAUAGAGCUGAAUCAGAAACUCACCCUUAAUGAGAAUGACUUCAGGAUGUACCCUGAAGAGACCCAUGCAGAUCUCAUCUGGGCUCUCUCAUUAACCCUCAGAAUGUGUGCAGUGCUGUUGAGUUUGCUCUCGGCCGGGGCUCAGACCGAGAUGAAGCGGGUUGUUGGGGACAAUGCCACAUUGCCUUGUCAUCACCAGUUCUGGCAGUCGAAUGGGCAAACACUGGACAUAGAAUGGCUCCUGCAGAAACCCAACAUCAAACAGCGCGUGAUCAUUACAUUCUUCAACAACGAGGUCUACACUAAUGACAACCAUGCCAGUCGUCUGUCCUUUGCGGGUGACUACCUAAACGGAGACGCCUCUCUCCUGAUCAGCGAUCUGCAGCUGACUGACUCUGGAGAAUACCACUGUAAGGUCAAGACUGGCGGCAAAUACCACUGGAGCCAAGUCAACCUCAUUGUGCUGGUGAAGCCAUCUAAACCCCGCUGCUGGAUGGAAGGCCGGCUUCUGGAGGGCAGUGAUGUGAAACUGAGCUGUAAGUCUUCAGAUGGAUCUGACCCUAUUCACUACAAGUGGGAGAGAGUCCUGGAUAAGGGCAAGAGCAUGGGAAAACUGCCUCCCCUCGCACUCAUCGAUCUGAAGAACCCAGAGAUCGUGACCUUGAGGAACUUGACGCAGGACAGCUCCGGGGUCUACAAGUGCACCGCCAGCAACGAUGUAGGAGAGGAGAACUGUAUCAUCGAGGUCACAAUGCAAUAUGUGCGGGGCAUGGGUGUGGUGGCUGGUGCUGUGGUUGGCGUUUCAUUCGGCGUCCUGCUCCUCAUUCUCAUCAUCUGGCUGGUCUUCCGAAAAAAAGAAAAGAAGAAAUAUGAGGAGGAGGAGACACCUAAUGAGAUCAGAGAGGAUGCAGAAGCUCCUAAAGCCAAGCUGGUGAAGCCCAACUCCCUCUCCUCUUCUCGCUCUGGCAGCUCCCGCUCCGGUGCUUCCUCCACACAGUCCAUGGUGCACAACAGCGUACCCCGAAGCCAACGUCCACGGCCACCAGCUGUUGCCGCCCUCAAGGAAAACGGACAGCCCCACGGGUUCCCCCAGUCUCCCCCGGCCUACACGCAGGUCGUGCCUAAAACCCCAGAACCCCCUGCCACCCCAAAAUUCAAACCCCCCAAUCCUCCAGUGGGCAUGGCCAUCCCGGCGGGCAUCAUGGUCCCUGCUCAAAGCAAGGCCUUUCAGACAGUGUAGAAAGUAAAGGGAACAUGGCAUGUUGGGGGUCUCAGUACAAGACACCCACAGUGACUCUUCCAAAAGUUGCAACUAUGAUUGGAAAAAUAAAAUACACACACACACACACACACACAUAAAACUAUAAAGUAUAA